AAUUAGUAUUACAACUUUGUGAACAACAUCUCGAAAACAGUGUUUUACACAGUUAUAAUAUUUAUAUGGUGCAGUUGUUCGAUAAAGCCAUGGAUGUCUGUAUUGAGCUUCAACAAUGGGAAAGUGCAUUGAACUAUGGUUUGAAAACUACCGAGCCGUACAGAUUACAUUACCCGUCAUAUCAUCCUAACACUGGUGUGCAGUUUGCUAGGAUUGCUAAACUACAGAUGUACUUAUCAUAUUUACAAGAAGCACACAGAUAUUUACAAGAGGCACUAAAUAUCCUUGAAGUAACACAUGGGAAAGGACAUCCACUCACAACAGAUUUACAAAGACUAUUACAUGAAUGUCAGGAGGAAAGAAGGGUACAGAGAACCAAACAACUAGAUGCAGACGACCCUCUUAGGGGUGCUCAAAUUGUCAAUGUUCACCAAAAAGAUAUUUGAUGCAGCCUCAGACCCUUUUGCACCAAAGUAAAACAAUUUAAAAAUUUGUAUGGAUAGGAUAUUAAGUAAUACUUGUUCUGUUAUCUGCUAAACUUAGCUGUAGUCGUUGACAUGGAAUACCAUUUCCCCAUUGUCAACCUUCUGCACCAUCUCCAAAAUGAUAUUGUAGUCUGCUCCUUCCCACAGAUAAUAUUGAAAUCAAC